AAUCGAAAAAGGGGGAAGCGAGAUGUUGAACCCCCGAAGCAUUGAAAAUAUUUUUUGCGUGCUCUCACAUCCCUUCGAUUGCUGAGAGCAUCAGAGGAAUAGGAGAGAGGCCAGAAGAUGGGCAGUGGGAGGAUGAAUGUAGGUAAAAUCAACCCCUAAUCGAUUGUUUAAAGAGGCGCAUGCGUAAUAUAACGUCAAAAUGACAGGGAUUUUCGUCCUUUUUUUCAAAUAAAAAGAAUAUAUUUAACACUGAAAAUCACUUCCUUGCUCUUGUAAACUAGUGGUAGAUUUUUUUGUACUGUAGGCUCGCUAGUUAUUUGCACACGCAACACGGCUAAAGAGGUGCUUAGGGAGUGAGUGUGUGGAAGUUGUUCGAGGGAAGUCCUUUAGUGGGAUUUGCGGUGGAAUUUUUUUUGAGGAAGAGAAAGUGUUGAGUGUGCGGAAGUUUUUUUUUCGAGAGUGGAGAGAGAUAUAUUUGUUCUAUGCGGCUCCAAAAGGAGUGAAGUGUGCAAAAAGGACGCUGUUUGUGAUAGUGGGAUGAAAAUUGGGUCUGGAGUGAGUUCUGGGCUGUUUUGGAUAAUUAAUACGAGCAGAGAGCAAGGCUGCAGCAUUGGCCGAGCAAAAGAAGGCGGGUGGUCCUGUGAAGGUGUCAGUUGUGGGGAGUAGUGGAGGAAAUCAGGCUGGAAAUUCGUCAAAAGUUUGGCGAAGGGAAAGGAUCGAAAUGACCGAGCCGGAACUAGAUGAUAUUGCCUUCCUCACAGGCACAGGCGAAGCGCCGACAGUGAGGAAAAAUCGUGAUGGGGUAGCUAUGUGUUCACAGAAGAAGGCCAUUUGUGUCACGGCCAUCGUGAUGGGAGCCCUCGUGGCCACUGCGCUUAUAAUUGCCUAUGCUGGACCACAAAAUGAUUGUGCUUGUGCGGGAAAAAUGCCAGCGGAUUAUUACCUCAACAAGUACAACAAUUCUGAGCCCUUUAAUCCCAUCGCCACCAAUGGACAGCCAUAUCCGUGGCUUUCCAUGGAACUGCCAACGGCCAUUCGACCGCUGCGCUACGUCCUCACCAUCCAUCCCAAUCUGACGAACCUGGACGUAAAAGGACAGGUCACGGUGGAGUUUCAUGUGGAGAAAGAAACGAGCUUCUUAGUGCUACAUUCACAGGAUUUAAAUAUCACUGAAAGAGCUAUUAUUGGGCCCAAGGGCUUCGCUCUGAAGAUCAAUAGACUACUAGAGUAUCCUCCGCGUCAACAGCUGUAUCUAGAAGUAAAGGAUAAAUUGAGGAAGAAAGUGAAUUAUACCCUGAAUCUUCGAUGGUACUCUAAACUUGUCCCAGAUCCAGAAGGAUUCUAUGUGGAUACAUUUGAAGAUGAAACAGGAGCUAGGAGGACUCUAGCAGCUACGGUUUUCCGACCAGGAGGAGCUCGAAAGGCUUUUCCCUGCUUCGAUGAGGCCCAUCUGAGGGCACCAUUUCGCAUCUCUGUGUUCAGGGAUCGCUUUCAUAUCGGCCUGUCCAAUUCUAUUGUUCAUGCAACAGAUGAUGUGGGCUUCUACAUGGGUACUGGCCUACUUCGGGAUGACUUCUAUGAGACACCGCCUCUGCCGCCGGAUGCGGUGUCCUGGGUGGUCAGUGAUUUCCAUCGUAGUUCCUUGGAACCAUCACCAACAUAUCAAAUUAUCCGAACGACACCUGCAACAGUGACCACUGUGCGGCCGACAGAUCCGGCUUUCAGGACAGACAAGAGGCCUAUUAAGAGUAAGUCCAUCCUCAUCAAAUCCCUCCACAUCUCAGCUCCGGCCAACAGGACAAAACCCCAGCUCGAAGUUGAGCACAGGAAUAUCACGGAGAAUGGCACAAUUAGUGACACAGGGGAAAUUGUCACUGCACCCUCCUACACUUUUUAUGCUUCCAAGGAUUUACUGGAUAAAAGCCAGUUUCUGCUGCACACAUCGCGCGAUGUCAUGGAGUAUUUGCAGACCUGGCUCGGAAUCCCAUAUCCGCUGACCAAAUUAGAUUUCGUUGCUCUUCCAUCUCUUGAAGAGGACAUCAUGAGUAGUCUUGGCCUUAUCUCUAUUAAAUCGUCAUUUCUUCAUGACCUUGAAUCUCAGCAUACAAAGGAGUUUCAUAUGUCUGCUCUAAAGAUUGCUGAAGCUAUCAUCAAGCAGUUUUUCGGAGGAAUUACUUCACCGGGAUCUUGGAAACAUAAUUGGCUCUGGCAGGGGCUUAUUAAGUACUUAGGAAGAUCAGUGCUGUCUCAGCUUCAGCCAAAUUGGCCGAUGGAUGAGUGGCACUUGAUGGAGACGACAAUGAAGUCUCUGGAUGUGGAUGCCAUCGAAGGAUGGGCGAGUGUUGUGGAUGGAAGUCGAGAUGAUGGAAACAAUGAAGAUUUCUAUGUGGACAAAUCUGCAGCAAUUCUCGCUCUUCUGCAUUCUGCACUGGAAGAGAAUAACUUCAGGCUGUGCCUGGGGAAUUUUUUGCGUAUCCACAGAUUCCAGACGGCUGAACCACUUGAACUGUGGACAGUUUGUGGAAAGCAGAUGAAUGACACGAAGAAUAUCAAAGAAAUGAUGCAUCUGUGGACUUCACAUUCGGGAUUCCCGUUGGUGACUCUUGGUCCUGGGGAGGGAGGAAAUUUUACCAUUUCCCAGGCACCUUUUGCUCCAGCUGAAUUUCGAGCCAUCACAGAUGAUCAUCUCCUGCCUCAUAAUCUCUCUAGCACGACAACUACAACUACCACUCCAGCUCCGGUUGAUCCCAAGAGCAGAAACAUCCCUCACUGGAUCUUCCCUGUGAGCUUUGUGACCAAUCUCAACAAAACCUGUCCUCAAACUGUUUGGCUUCAUUCUAAUCAAACCCAAAUCACCCUGGAUCCUAGUGUCACGUGGAUUAAGCUCAACACUGGCCAGAACGGGUACUUCCGAGUCCUCUAUACAGAUCACAAUUGGAACAAUUUGAUUGAUGAACUGAAGAAAAAUCACAGAGCCUUCACAGCAAAAGACAGAAUUGGCUUGAUAUCCGAUGUCUUUACUCUUUGCCAUGCAAGCCUAAUGCCCUGCCCUAUUACUAUGAAUCUCAUCACUUAUCUGCCAAAGGAGACCAACUGGGGCCCCUUGACAACGGGCCUCAGGCACCUGGAACAAUGGCGCAAAAUCCUCAAAUAUUCAGAGUGCUUCCUAAUGCUGGCUGAAUUUGUCAGAGGAAUUCUCACGAGGUCCAUCGCAGGAUUGGGAUGGAAGAACAAUGGAACAGAUUCUGCAAAACUCUUGAGGCCAGAAGUUCUUUUAGCUUCUGUCCUAUGGGAGGAUCUUGAUGCUAUUAAGCAGUCCAAGCAGAUCCUCCAUCUCUACCUUGUCAAUGGGACAGAGAUUCCAACCAAUUUGAGGGAAGUUAUCUACACAGGAGCCGUCCUUUCGGGAGAAUUCACUUAUUGGCAGUACUGCUGGGAUCGCUUCAAUGUCCUGCUGAGCCAGAAUGAAGGCUACGAAGAGAGAAUGGAGCUUCUGAGAGCUCUCGGAGAGACCAAAGAUGCUUGGCUACAGAAUCGCCUCCUAUCCCAGGUGAUCACUCUCCCAUCCGUUGAACUCGUGCAGGUCCUCGAGGCGAUAGCAGGAACUCCAACUGGAGGUGCGAUGGCAUGUCGCUUCUUGCAGGCCAAGUGGAAUGAUCUGCAGGCGAAACUAGGCGCCGGCAGUGAACAAUUUGCGCAGGUGAUCACAGCAAUCACGCAAUUCGGAGCCAGUAAAUUUGACUACGAAGAGCUGAAAUCCUUGGUGGAGAGAUUCGGCUAUGGGCCAGGCAUGAGAGUCCUCAAUAUGACUCUGCGGAGUGUAGCAACAAAUGUAGAGUGGGUGAGUCGAUCACAGCGAGAAUUGUCCUCUUGGCUCGAUUCAUUCGAGCACAUGCAAUAAUAUCAUUCCUGAAGGUAAAAAUCGGCCUUUGCGUACACUGUCCAAAGUGACAGCCUAGUCCUGGCGUGGAGCAACUUAAUGCAAUUUACCAAAAAAGAAAAAAGAAUCAUUUCUGUCCUAAACUAGCUAGAUAGUGGGUGAGUGUGUGUAAAAAAUCGGCGAGAUAAAAAAUUAAUCUGAGGGAAUUUUUCAUUAUAAAAGAAGAAAAUUUGGAAGUUUUGCGAAAGAUGAAGAAGGAAAAAAAAACAAAACUGCACAAUUAACAUUUUCUAUACCUAUUUUGAACAAAAGGAAGAAAAAACAACAUAAAAUUAAGGUAAAAAAAAUCUUGAAAAAAAUUUUUGAUGAGGACUUUUGUGUGAAAAUAUGUGUAAAAUAAGAUGAAUUCUAGUGAAAAAUAUUUAGCUCUAAUUGAAAAAAAAAUAUUUAAAGAAAGAGAGAGUAUAUAUUAUUUUUUCCAGAUGUAGUAAAAAUCUUGUAAGGAAACUUUAACGUAAGAAUUUCCACAAAGAAUCUCUGUAUAGUAAAUAAAAAAAAACCAUGGCUUUUCUUGAACUCUGAUAAAAAAAAAUGCGAUGUAAAUGAAUCCUUCUAUUUUUUUCUUUUUGUGCUCAAUUAACACAAUCAUAACAUCCAUCUAAUAAUCUAAGGCAAAAAACAAACUCUUGUAAUAACAAACCUAAAGAAAAAUAACUAUAGAAAAGAGCUGUGAAUUUAUUGCUUUAUUAGUCUCUCAUCUAUCACAUCUACAAGACAAGAAUAAGAAUAUUAUGCCGCUUUUUUUGGCUAUUUACCAGUAAAAAUUUUGUACUUGCCAUUUGAAGAUAUUCUCAUGAGUAUUCCAUCGAGUUGAAUUGUGUGCGUUCAAACACGCGGAAUUACGUCAGAAUUUUAGUGUGAAGUGUCUCAAAUACUACACAACUAUACCACAAGUAUCCCCCCACCAAGAACCAAAGCACUGUGGCGAUUGGUUUCUUGGAGUAGUAGUGAGGCAUUUCUUAUCAUUCUCAUAUCAAUUUCGUAAUAUUGAGUUGUUCCGGAAGUUCGUGGGCCAUUUUUGAAUAAAGUGUAAACAGCCACUAACAUGUAAA